UGUUCGCGCGCGUGGAGUAGUGAUCAAGGUCUCGUCGUAAACUUGAGAUGGAAACAAAAAAACGGCAGCACAAUGCACUUUCGCUCGCAACGAAAGUAAGGAUCAUCCAAGAACUUGACCGCAACAACCUAUCGAAGACAGAAAUUGCGAAGAGUUCAAUAUUCCCAAGUCCACGCUGUCGAGGAUACUCAAGAACAAAGGGAAGAUUGAAGAAGCUGUAAAGCUUGGGAACUUCGCCACGGACAGAAUGCGGAUGAGAACGACGGCGUACAAAGAAAUCGAAGAUGUGCUUUUCCUCUGGUUCAAGCGUGCGCGCAGUGCGAACUUCCCGAUCAGCGGCCCCAUUUUGGAAGAGAAGGCCAAAGAGAUUGCUACUCGGGUGGGGAUCGAGGACUUCCGGGUGAGCGAUGGCUGGCUGAGCCGUUUUAAAAAGCGGCAUGGUCUUGUCUUUAAGACAGUUUCUGGAGAAAGUGCGGCUGUAAACAGAGAUAUCUGUAGCCACUGGCAACAGGGGAGGUUGCAAGAAAUUUUGGAAACCUACGAACAACGGGACGUGUUUAACAUUGAUGAAAUGGGGUUGUUCUACAAAGCACUCCCUACUAAGACUCUUGCUUACAAGGGGGAAACCUGUGUGGGAGGAAAGCGAAGCAAAGAUCGUAUUACGGUGCUAGUAGGUGCCAACAUGGACGGUAGCGGAAAGUUGAAGAUGGUGGUUGUGGGGAAAUCAAAGCACCCCCGCUGCUUCAAAGGUGUGCGCAUGCUGCCUGUCACGUACCACGCGAACGGGAAAGCUUGGAUGACACAAGCAAUCUUCGAGACAUGGUUGCGCGAAGAGGAUACAAGAUUUGCCCAGCAGAACAGGAAGGUUAUUUUUAUUGUUGAUCAAUGCCCUGCUCACGGUCAAGUGGAUAGACUCAAAUCGAUCAGCCUAGAGUUCCUGCCACCAAAUGCGACCGCAAUCAUUCAACCGAUGGACCAGGGCAUAUUUCAAAACUUGAAAGUUCUCUACCGCCGCCAAGUCCUCCAGCGAAUGCUUCUCUGUGCAGACAACAAAAAAGAUUACAACGUGGACUUGCUCUCAGCUCUUCACAUUCUAACCAAUGCCUGGGAAAGUGUGAAAGUGUCAACUGUGCAAAGGUGCUUCCACCAUGCAGGGUUCUCAAUACAAGUCCUUCCAGACGAGGAAGACAACAUUGCUGAGGCUGAGGAGGCUGAUAUUCUCUUCAGUCAGGUGACACAGUCUACUUCUUUCACGCGAGAGGACUAUGAAACACUUGAUGCAAACGUCGCCACAUGCCGCGAGGACAGCCUUGAGGAACUCAUAGCUGAAGUUCAAGAUGAGGACCCGUGCUCAAGUUGUGAUGAGAUGGUGUGUGAUCCCGGGCCCAUUUCAGUGCCAGACAGUGCAGCAAGAGAUGCUGUCAUCCUGUUGCAGCGCUACUUUGAACACGAUGGUGGCACAGAGUUCCUGCCAAGCCUUUCAGCAAUGCACUCCUACUUUGUGAGAAAGUGCUUGAACAAGGCCAAGCAAACCGUUAUCACCUCCUUUUUUCCGAGUCAGUAAUAUUAGCAACAUUUUUCUUUCUAAUCAACUAUAGUAGUAUUGUAUACUUCAAAAUGUUUUUGUUCAGUCAGCCACAGUUGGUGCUUUUGAAAUAGUCAUAUUUCAUUAAAUUUGUGGGCUUUGCUUAAAUGAAACUUCUCAUAAAUGGAACAAAUUUUCUUGCCCCUUCGAGUUCCGUUUAAGAGGAGUCCACUGUG